UACCGACUACCGAGAGAGGCAGCCUCGCUGCUUUCUCUCAAACUGAAGCUCCACCCAGAACUCAACAAAAGACCCCAUGACCCACCAGGCAAGCUUUAUCAGCCAGAAUAACACACGGGCUCAGCAGGCAUGGAGACUCUCAGCCUGCAGGUGCUGAUGGUUGUAACAGGGAGCUUCUUGGGCUUCCAGUGGCUGUUCCACAGAGGUAGCCCUUGGGUGUCUGAGAAGCUCUGCAAAGGCUUCCUGAGGCUCAGCCCUACACAAAGGACAGAGUGGAACUCCAGGGCCGUCUCAACAGUACAUGCCUUGGUUGUGGGACUUUUCUGUCUCUACAUAUAUAUCUUUGAUGAACCUAUCCAGAAAGACCCAGUCUGGGGAGAUGCCACACUGGUGAAGCUAAAUGUGGCUGUUACAUCAGGCUACCUAAUCUCAGACAAAUUAAUGACAUUUCAAUGUGAAUAUUAUAAACAUUUAUCGUUUGCAGUACAUGGUUUUAUCUUUGCUGCUCUCUAUGCAUACUACUAUGUGCUGAGUCAAGGGAUAUUGCCUUACUUUGCUAAUUUCCGCCUGCUUUCAGAAUUCUCCACCCCCUUCGUGAACCAGCGUUGGUUUUUUUACAUGUUGGGCUACCACAAACUUUCCAAACCGAGUCUGGUUAAUGGUGUCGCCAUGGCAUUUACAUUCUUCUUGGUGAGGAUCGCAGUCAUUCCAGGCUACUACAGCCAUAUGUACUCUGUCUUUGGUACGGAUCACUUCUACCGGUUACCUCUGGGGGGCCGCAGUGCCUGGGUUAUUUCCAGCGUGUCUUUGGAUGUUAUGAACAUCAUGUGGAUGCGCAGAAUCAUCCGCGGAUGUCUCAAAGUCCUUCGCUCGGCCUGGUCGAGAAAAACAGGAACUGAAAUGGAAACUAGAAAGACAGACUGACAUGGAGAUACAGACAGAAAAUGAACACAUCAGCACACAAACCUUCCAUCUCUUUCAUGUCCAACCUGAUGCUGGAGUGCAAAUGCCAUGUAUAUGUUUUGUUAUUCCUGCUGCUGUAAUGCUGGGGCAUCAUAGUUGUGAGAAACCAUUUAUUGCAUUAAUAAUGACUGACAUGAUGUCAUCUUCAAAUAUGGGCUCAACUGGAGGAAUUCAAUCACAGGCGCUCCUUUACGUUUUAAGAAAUCGGGUGAUUAAGAGGCAUGAGACUGAUCACAUGUACAAUCAGGACAACAGUUGUGGUUGCACUAUGUAUUAUAAAGCUGCUAUUAUGAUCAACCACCUUGCCUUUAUGAAUGCAAAUAAACAAGCAACAGCACAUCUGAACUUCCACAAAGCUACACAGUGUGUGCCUGUAGACCAACGUUUUGACUUUUUGACAAUAUGGAUAGGGUUAUGCAAAUAGAGGAAAUGGCCAUUAUAAAUGUAGUGGAAAUGUUAAAUGUAUGGGUGAAAGAUCCUGCCUUUGCAGCUCAGCAGUGCAGGAUGUCAUACUCAAGAAACCAUGCAUGUCUACAUGUAAUUAUUACAUAUAUGGAGAACACUAUGUAUGGAGAGUAUUAUAUAUGUCUGGAAUGGAAAAUGUAU